AUGCUCGAGUCACGCAUUUUACACGUCUCAGUCGAGGCAAUUAGUGCAAUCGCCUUUUGGCGGUGGGAAACGGCAGACCCCACGUGCCACAUCUGCACGGAACUACAGGAGUACCCUUGCCCCACUUGCCACACACCAGGCGAGGACUGUCCGCCGGCGGUGGGCGAGCUCUGUGGACACGCUUUCCACCUCCACUGCUUCCAGCAGUGGACGGCCAAGGGCAAAAACGGCAACGAGCGCAAGUGUCCGCUGUGCCGCCAGGAUUUCCAGCCCGCACCGCCGGCGAUUGACCACGUCUCGCUUUCCACGCCCGACAGCCAAAGCCUGGACAACGGCUACAGCGUCAUCCUCGGCACUCGCAGGCUCACCCGCAGCCCCCCGGCGGACUCCGCCACAGCUAGCAGCCCCUCGUCGCUGCCCAGGGUACUCCGCACCACGCUGCACGACGAGCUGCACGACCCGGAGGCGCGAGUCACGACACUCUCCUGGGACCGCGCUCCCGAGUUCUUCCAACCCGUCCCCGAAGAAACACUCAACGCCCUCCGUCUCGCUCCAGAACCCUUCUCGCCGCCACGAGAUCCAGACCCCGACAGAGCUGGACCAGAGCCCGACCCCUGA